AUGAGGGCGAGCAGCGAGCGUGCCAGCAAGGAUGGCGGAGACCUGGGACAUGAGCGGUCGCGCGCCCCUCGCGUGAUGGCUUCGGCGCCGUCGGUUGUGAUGCAAGCAGCCCUCAUGGACUCGGCGGGCACUGCAUGGCACGCGGUCAAGGUCGGCAACCUUGAGAUGAUCACCAAGCUGUUCCCGAGCCGUUCCAAUGUGUACGCGCGCGGCCCAGUGGGCGAGAACGUGCUGCACACCGCCAUGCUGCUCAACACGCCCUCCACCCUGGCCAUAGCGCGCUACUUGGUCAAACUCUACGGCCCUCCCCUGGUCAACUGCCCCUUCACGGAGCGCAAGAGUGUGCACGAUGCCCCCAGCUCGUAUGAGGGCCAGACUGCGCUGCACAUUGCCAUCGUCAACAAGGACAUUGACAUGGUGAAGUUCCUGGUGCACGCGGGGGCUGACAUCCGCGCGCGCGCCUGGGGCACGUUCUUCGGCCCCGACGGCCCCAUGCACUACGGGGAGUACCCCCUCAGCUUCGCGGCCUGCACGGGCCAGAGGGAGGUGGUGGCGCACCUCAAGAGGCACGGCGCGUCGGUCAACGGCGACAGGGACGUCCACGGCAACACUGCGCUGCACAUGUGUGUCAUCCACGGCCAGGCUGACAUGUACGACUUCCUGAUAGAGUACUGCGCAGCCAGUGAUGCGGUGCGCAACUACGCGGGCCUCACUCCCCUGGUACUGGCGGCGCAGCUGGGCCGGGUGGACAUGCUGCAGCACAUAUACAACAGGAGGAGGCGCGCAUUCUACACGUUUGGCAAGAUCACGUCCUACAGCCUGGCCCUGCGUGAGAUUGACACCGUGCAGGACGAGGAGGAGUACGUCCCCAACGCACUGGAGGUGGUCCUCCGCAAGGGCCACCUCGACAUGCUGGAGGAGCCGCUGAUAUCAACACUGCUGCAGCACAAGUGGGGGGCCUUCGCACGCACCCAGUUCCUUCUCCACCUGCUGGGCUACCUGCUGCUGGAGGUCAGCCAGACGGUGCUCAUCUGGCUCAUAUCCACGCGCGAGCUGUGGAACGGGGCCGAGAGGGCGAGCCAGGAGUACGUGGGCCUCACCCUGGCCAUCAUUAUGGCCGGCUGUGAGCUGCUGGACUACGUGGACUGGUCCAGGGAGUGCUACCACCGCCGCCUCACAACAUACCAGCCACCACCCUACCAGCCGCCACUCUACCCCAUACCCGGUGCGCUGCGCCGCUGA